AGUUGUUACCUUUUCUCUUUGGGAAUGUCAGCUACUGCUAGUAUCACUGCACCGGUUCAGUUAUGUCGAAGGUUGUUUGGUGAACCUGUAUCAUGUAUACGUAUUCAGCAAACUUUGGAGACAAUUAUACGUAAAGAUUUAGACCGUUUCCAAAAUAAAUGGAACUUUCAACCACCCAAUAUUGUAUUAGAGAACAAAAUUCGGAAACCACUUUCUGUACAUCAAUUACAUAGUGGAAAUUUACGGAAAAAUUCUACAAAUGAAUUCAUUUUAGAACCUGUCCAAUCACCUCCAAGUUUCUACAUAAAAUCUCCGCGUAAAUUAAAAGCAUUUCGACGUCUUCCAGUGUCAGUAGCGCAAAAAACACGCAUGGAACUCUAUAAAAAGUCUACAAAUAGUGAACUCAGAAAUUUCACUUAUUCGUUUAAUUCAUCAUAUAACCUAUCUAAUACUGAUACUUUACUAAAUGAUAAUCAAAAAUCUGAAAUGAACUUUCCUUCAACGACAGAGUCAACUAUCUCAAUAACUCUGAAUCAACCAUCACCAACAUCAUCAUCAACACCAUACAAAUUCGGCAACAUAUCACAAGUUACUGAAAAGUUAUCAGAAAUAACAACGACAACAUUACCUGUGAAUCCAAUUAUUAUCCGUUCAGAUAAUAGUAGUAAUAAUACAAUGUUACCAUCAAGUUCGAAUCCCUGUUCUCAACAUUCAGUUAAACUGAUAAAACCUGAUCGAUUAAGUUUAAAGAAAUCUGGGCCUAAAGUAACAGAUUAUUUUGCUGUUAAGCGACGACGACAAUCUAUGAAGUAAUUCAUAGUUUUCAGAAAGAAACAAAAACAAUCAAGAAGAUCAAUUCGUUGAAUAAUGAGAAUGCAUUUGAAAAAUUGGAUAAUAACUUUUUUUCAAUUAUUUAAUGGAACAAUCAUUAAAUAAUAAAAAAAAAAACAGAAAAAAACUACAUUGUUUAACACAACGCAGAUUUAUUUAUUUCUAUCCCCCAUUUCCUCACUUAUUCCCCUUAAAUAUACUCUGUGAAUUAAGUCUCCCUUCCCCUCCUCUUUGUUCUCAAUUAUUCAUCUUUUUUUUCUGAUUCUAACUCUAUUUUAAGUUAUGUUAAACAAUACAGAUUUUAUUAUGUACCAUUAUUAUAAUUAUUAUUGCCAAUAAUAUUAUUAAAAUUAUGUUUAUAA